CUGUUCCUGGCGCCGGAAGAGAAGCGGGUCUCUUUAGGGCCGGCCAUCUUGUGUGGUAUCGCGAGCAGGGGGCUGGGGCCUGGGCAGCAUCGGAGGAGGAUCCCGCCGAGAGGGGCCCAUCAUGCCCGGACACCUGCAAGAAGGGUUCGGCUGCGUCGUCACCAACCGCUUUGACCAGCUCUUUGACGACGAGUCGGACCCCUUCGAGGUGCUGCGGGCGGCCGAGAGCCGGAGGAAGGAGAGCGGCGGCGGCGGCGGGAGCCAAGGCGGCGGCGGCGGCGGGGCCCGCAGCGGGCAGGUGGCCCAGGCCAACUCCUCUGGCGGGGUCGGCAGCGGGGGCUCGGGCCAGGCCGGGGGAGGCGGCGGCGGCGGCAGCAGCAGCAGCGCGGCCAAGCAGCUGCGCAGGGAGUCCCAGAAAGAGCGCAAGAACCCGCUGCCCCCCUUCGCUGCCUCGCCCGGGGGCGCCGGCGACCGCAGGGAGGAGGGCAGCGGGCAGCCCGCCGCGCCGCUUAGGAAGGAAGGUAUAAGACGAAUUGGCAGACGGCCUGAUCAGCAGCAGCAGCAGCAGCAGCCGCCUCAGGGUGAAGGCAAGCCUAUUGAGAGGAGACAGGAGAGACGACCGCCUCGUGAACGCCGAUUCGAUAAACCCGCUGAAGAGAAGGGUGAAGGAGGGGAAUUUUCUGUGGAUAAACCCGUUAUUGACCGACUUGUGCGUGGUCGUGGUGGUCCAGGCGGAAGAGGUGGACGUGGUGGUCGUGGACGUGGAAUGGGCAGAGGAGAUGGCUUUGACUCCCGUGGCAAACGUGAAUUUGACAGACAUAGUGGAAGUGAUAGAUCUUCUCUCUCACAUUCCCAUUUCAGUGGCCUAAAGCAUGAGGAUAAACGUGGUGGCAGCGGAUCACACAACUGGGGAACCGUCAAAGAUGAGCUAACUGAUUUGGAUCAGUCAAACGUGACCGAGGAAACACCAGAAGGAGAGGAACACCCACCUGCUGAUUCUGAGAAUAAAGAGAAUGAGGUGGAAGAGGUUAAGGAAGAAGGCCCAAAAGAAAUGACCCUGGAUGAAUGGAAAGCUAUUCAGAAUAAGGAUCGUGCAAAAGUUGAAUUCAACAUCCGUAAACCAAAUGAGGGUGCUGAUGGGCAAUGGAAAAAAGGAUUUGUUCUCCAUAAGUCAAAGAGUGAGGAGACAAAGGGGAUGACAGAAAUGCCGGGGAGUCCGCUGGAGUCAAAUGAGGCUCAUGCUGAAGACUCUGUAAUGGAUCAUCACUUCCGUAAACCAGCAAAUGAUAUUACGUCCCAGCUGGAGAUCAAUUUUGGAGACCUUGGUCGCCCCGGACGUGGUGGCAGAGGUGGUAGAGGUGGCCGGGGGCGUGGUGGAAGGCCCGGGCGUGGAAGCAGAACUGACAAGUUGGUGAAGGAGUUUGACGUGAUCCACACACCCAAUCAGUCAAGUGCUUCUGCUCCUGAUGUAGAUGACCCAGAGGCUUUCCCAGCUCUGUCCUAAACUGGAUGUCAUAAGCCACCUCUGCCCCCUCGCUGGGCCCUCCUCUACGAGGCUUGCAUGCUUAAGGAUCCUAAACAACUAAGAAAUUUAAAAAAUGAGACUGUCAUUCAUACCAUUCACACCUAAAGACUGAAUUUUAUCUGUUUUGAAAAUGAACUUCUCUCGCUACACAGAAGCAACAAUAUGGUAGUCAGUUUUGUAUUUAGAAAUGUAAUGGUAGCAGGGAUGUUUUCAUAAUUUUUUCAGAGAUUAUGCAUUCUUCAUGGAUACUUUUUUGUAUUGCUGCUUGAAAAUAUGCGUUUCCAAACUUGAAAUAUAGGUGUGAACAGUGUGUACCAGUUAAAGCUUUCACUUCAUUUGUGUUUUUUAAUUCGGGAUUUUAGACGUUUUCUCCAAACUACGAACUGGUUUUUAAAUAUUGCACACUAUUUCUGUUUCCUUUAAUACCUACUUAGCCGAUUUUUAUCAACCCAUGGUCAGUUGGGAUACAUAGAAUUUAAUUUGGCAAAUUGUUAGUACCAUGUGGAAUACUAUUCUGGAAUACUUUAAUUUAGUUUUUAAUACUUAAUUUCAGACUUGGAAAAACAGUCAUUUUUCAUCUAUCUUUGGUAGUUUGUUGUGUAUGCAGAAUCUUUAUACAAAGUUGAUAUCAAAUACUUGAAAAAUAGUCAAAGCACAUUGGUUUUUGGUCAAGUACCUGCAUAUUGAUCCAGCAGUGAUGUGCAGAUGAUUGGUCUAAAAAGUUUUUAAAAAUUAUAUUACACCUUUCACUCACCCUUUUACCUUUAUUCCUUUCUCCUUUCAACAAAACUAGAUACUUUUAUUGGUAAACAUUGUUUAUCCUACUUAAUAUUAUUCUUUGGGAAAGUAUCCUCUAGACUGGGGCAAUUCUAAUUCUUUCUGUUCUACAGGACUGGGAGGUGAGAAAGGGAGCAUCAUCUAUUUCUAAUACAGUCUAUUUAAAUUUCAUUUGGACUAUGGAAUUUUGGCAGUGCAGUAUGUUUAUAUAAAUACAUCACCAUCUGAUGUAUUUACACACUGUUCCAUUAGCUGCUAUUCUUGUUCUGAAGAGGAAAACAAAGGACACCAUCUAGGCCUGGGAGGAGAAUAUUUGACUCAUUUAAGUCCGAACAAAUUCCUUAAAUAGGAGACAUCUGUGGUCUGCAUGGGAUACAAACCAAAAAAACCUUACCUUUUGCUCUAAAUUUUGUUCUGAAUUUUUGCUCCAUUUCUUCACCCUUUGGUCUCUGAUUACUCGCUGACAAAUAAAUGUUUUUCAGAGAGUGAUUGUAAGAAGACCUGCUACGCCCUGUAGAAAUUCCUUCUAGGUUAAUUUAAUCCCUGUGAACAGGAACAUUACCACUUUCCAAAUAUGAAAGGACUUGAGAGAAUGACUAAUAAAAAAAGAUUUCUUAGGUU